AUGACUGAAGAAGCCAAGAACUCUGAAAGUCAAAAUGAUGCAAAUAAACUAAAGGUAAAUACUUCUCUCUUAUUCAAAUUUAACUAUGAUAUAUUUUAUAAGGAAUUCCUUUCACCAUCUAGAUGUAUUCCCUACUCAAAAUAAUAUAGUUCCUAACGAUUACAUUAAAUUAAAGAUAUUUCUGUGAAACUUGAUGCUUUACAAAAUUUAGAGUCACCUUAAUUCUUUGCUUUGGAGGUUACUUAAAUUAAAUAUCUCUUAAUUAUUGAUGAUAUUCUAAUUAGUGAGAAGCAUAUUAAAAGUAAUUCUUUGAGAGCAAAACUUAUGAAGUUUAAGAAUAUAUAUGACUAAAGAUAAACUUGAAAAUAAUAUUAUCAAUGUUAAUACAAGUAUUUAAUAUAUAAUUAUUUUUGCUGCAGUGGAGUUAAUAAAGAGAUUAAAGAGGAAAAUGGAAAAUUAUUUGUAAUUUAUAUGGGUGAUAUAAGAGAAAAAACAGAAAACUGA